AAACAAAUCUCUACUCCAAGGCUCUCCCUACUUCCCCACAGAUUGCAAGUCACCAGCUUCGGGGUGGGUGGGGGGUGGGCAACUAGCCAGUCUCCAAGCUCCACAGACCUCAAAGACUACCAGUCCCAGGUAGUGGUCGACGAGAUUGCUGGUGCCCAUAGGCUAGAUUCACUCACUGCAUUCGAGACAAACUGCCACAAGAAGACCCUUGCAGGUUGGUACCCAGGAUCUACUCGACCCAAUUCAGGAGGUGAUUUUUUUUUACUUUCGUCGGUACUUAUUCAGGGACGGGUAAGGACCCAAAUGCAGGGAACCCUCUUUCCUGGAGAUCACUGGGAAUGUGGGGAGAGGCUGCAGAAAAAGAGACUUUCUAAUCAGAAGUUUGGUAGAGGUGCAAGGGUUCCUUAAAAUUCACUCCCAAAAUUCAGUAAGUAGGGACAAGGACUUAGGACAAAGAGAGCCAGAGGAUUUGUUGGAGGGGAACAGGAGAGAAGGGGCAAUUGGAUAUUUAUGGAAGUUUUAACCACGUUUUUAGAGAUCAGAGAUGAGUGAAGUGCCCUCCAAUUUUGGCAGUGGCAUUUGAAAAGAAUGGAUGCCACAUGGGGGUGGGGGAACAGGAAUUUAGGAGUCAAUGAGACACUUGCCCCAGGACUACUCAGAAGAAAAAAGUGAAUCAAAAAGAGUUCAAAUCAGAAUCCAGAGAAAAGGAGCAGAGAAAAGUGCUCCUCACUCAGCCUUGAAGUUUGGGGUUGGAAGCAGAAAGGCUACUUACAUAGAGUAGGGAGAUAUUCUGUCUACACCAACCUUUCCUUUAAGAGUCAAGAGGGAAAUAGAGACCAGAGCCAACCAGCUCCAGAAUAUAAAUUUAAUGGUAGUGGAAGGAUCAUGUCAAUGCUGGGACCUUACAGAACCACCUGCCCUCCUCCCACCAUCUUUUAAGGGAACCGAGGUCCAGAGAGUCCUACAAUCAGACAGAAACAAAGCUGGGAUUCAAAGUCAGAUCUUCUGCCUCCAAAUUCAGUGCUCUUUCCCUUACACAAUAGUGCCUCAGCUACCCACCUUAAGGAAUCCUGUGAUGGCACACAGAUGAAGAAUGGGACAGAUAGAGUAGGGACAUGAGAUAGAGGGAACAAGUAAUAUGAAGCACAGGAGGGCAGAGCCUGUCAAAAGACAGCUUCACCCAGGGAAAUGAAAAGGGGAGCAGUAGCACCUUCUGUACUAAUGGUAGGAACAAUAUAUCUCCCAUAUAAGCAGUGCUCAUUACAUAUGGUCUAACAUACAAGGCUUUUGGUGACUAGUCUCUUGUACCUUGAGCAGGCAGCUUCUGAGAGGUUUAAUAAGGCACAUUCAAAACACCAGGACAAAGGACAUCUCUAGGCUUUGCUUCUCUUCUUCCCAAGACCUUCCAUUUCUAGCCCAGCCUAGAAGGUAUGAAGAGGACCUGUUCUGUCCAUGCUCAACCAAGUACAUUUGUCCAUAUUAGCUUAGUGCAAUUCCCACCGGGAAGCUUGGAAGGGAGGCUAGCUUAUGUGGAUGGGGAGUGGCAUCUUCGGAACAUCUGGAUAGGAGAAACCCAUCUCUAGGAUGUUAGAGAUAUUCCCUACCUCAGAGGGAAAACCUCAAACUCAUCUCAGGACAACUGUGUAUGAAGAUUCCACCUGUGAAGGGAAAGUCUCUAACUCUAACAGAUUUAGGGGAGGGGGAGCCUCAUAAAGGGGGAAAGGGAAGAGAGAGGGCUCUGUAAAAAGGUCCACAACUCCACCUGAGGGUGGUAGCCUCAUCUCUGGAGUACUCUCAGAUGUGGGGGGAACUCUCUUCACUCCAGGUGGUAACAGCAAUGUUAGUUCCCUUUCCUGGAGCCUCUGGCCGUCACGCCCCACUGCAGCUCCUUGGUUUGGCUUCUACACAGAACUAACCGUCCCCAGGAAAUGCCUCCCUCCGGUCCAGGCAGGAAUCCCAAUACCCUACACCCUCCCACUUUGGGGGAAGGAGGGAAAAGGAAAGAGGAAAAAAUGCUCUCUCCUCUCUAGGUCAGGGAAAAGAUCUGGGGACCACCUAGCAGUCUACCACCCCUCCCACUUCUCUUUACUGGGGAAGUGCCCAGUCCAGUGCCCCAUGUCCACCAACCCCCACCCCUCCCAAGCUGUGCUGGGACAUGAAUCAGCUCUCACAGCUUGUUAGCUGGACCUCUUGUUUUCAUGCCCUCACCCCAGGAAACACCAAGUUACAGCUUUUCCAGCUCUCCUCAGCAGGGGGCCAGGGUCCUCACUUUAUAAACAACCCCAUGCCUGCAAGAGCAGAGGGCAUAGAAUGGUGUGAGACAAGAGCCCAGGGGAGACAGACUAAGAGGGGAGAUAGAGAAGUAAAGGAGACAAGACAAGAGGUUCUGAGUGAGAGGAAAGCAGGGUCUGUAAAAGUUAACCCUGCAGGAAUGGCACUGAGGCAGUGGGUUGGGAGGAGCAGGGGGACCCCAAGAAGCUGGGGAACCAUCUGCUUGGUGAUUUCACUCCUCUUGCAACUGCAAGGAGCUCACAGCAAAUGCUACUUCCAAGCUCAAGCUCCCUGUCAUUAUGAGGGGAAAUAUUUUACCCUGGGUGAAUCCUGGCUCCGAAGCGACUGUUUCCACUGCACCUGCCUACACCCCGUUGGUGUGGGCUGCUGCGAUACGUCCCAGCAUCCCAUCGACUUCCCAGCUGGGUGUGAGGUACGACGGGAGGAAGGCACCUGCCACAUCUCCCUGGUGCAAAAAGCUGAGCCUCACCUGCCCUGCAGGGGAGGCCCCCCCGACCUUGAAUGGGGCUCAGCCAACACCCCCGACUCCGGGGCCCCAGGACCACGUCCCAGUUAGGUUCCACUG